AAGAACCAAAUGUUGUACAUGUAGGCCCUACGUACGAACAAGUGAAUCACAUUCAUCACAAACACGAUUUGGACAUCUACACUUUUUACACCUUGGCAUAGACGAAAGUGGACCAGUUUUGCAAGAUGAUUACGACUUCCAAAGUCCUCUUGUUGAUCGUCACUGUGCUCAUUUCUCCAGCGGGCGCAUUUUUGUCAGAGUGGUCGUUGAGGGCGCCGUGCGACGACCACUAUUACCAUCAGUCGACAAACAGCGAGCGAGCAGAUGAUGACGAUUACUCCUGCUCCGUAUUCCUGGAAAAGAAAUACUAUGAAGAAAAAAGCUCCAAGAUCCCUCUGUCGCUAUUCCUCGCCUGUCUAGCCACCGUUGGUCUCUUCGCCUACCGGGAAUUAUCAGUGCGUGACCGCGUCGCGUCGAGUCAGUCCGCCCUGGAGCACGACGCCCUGCCCGGCCUGAUGAGGCGCCUGAAGGUGCGUUGGUGGGACGAACAGCCGGGCUUCUCGUUUCACAACUGGGAAAGAUGCGAAAGCUGUCACAGGCUAAAACGACUGAAGUAGACAGAAUCACACACUUUUUUUUUUAACCCAUUGGAUGUUAAACGCACAAGGGGCAGCUUCGUAAAAUGGAGUCCAACGUACAUAGAAUACAUUUAGGGGGCACACAAUGAGUUUGUUCAAUUUUAAACAAUACUGUAGAUUUUGCUUUCUAAUUAUGAGGGAGGGGAACAUUGCAUGGGGGG